CACUCUCCCCGAGAAACUGUCUAUAAUAAAAAGCAGAAGUAGAAAAGCUAGCAGCUGCUCUUCACAUAUGCCAUACAUACAAAGCCAGAAGUAGUUCUUGAAAGGAGAUUUCAAACCUAUCUAUCUGCACUUCAGUGAAAAAAACUGCAGCUACUUACAAAACCAAAAAGUCCCCAAAUAAUACAUGUCUCCCACUAACAAGUAGCCUUCUUUCUUACUGAUCCACAGAAAAACUCAAAACCCUACAUUUAGCUUAGAAGGUUCUCCCUUUAGCUUUUUGGACUACUCCCCUUCACCAUUAGUGGAAAACAUGCCCUUGAGCCAAAUAUUCUCUCAACAACACAGCCUUAUUGGGCCUAAUUUUUUAAAUGGAGGCGAAACCGCUACGAGAACCCACAUUUCUCCCAUCACCAAGGUCUGCAAGGAGGAGAGUGAGAACAUGAGUCAGAAGAAAAGGCUCAGUUCAAAUGCAAGGAGAAAGACGGGUAAAAAAGACCGGCACAGCAAGAUCUGCACGGCGAAAGGCGUUCGGGACCGACGGAUGAGAUUGUCUCUCCAAGUUGCUAGAAGGUUCUUUGAUCUACAAGACAUGCUAGGGUUUGACAAGGCAAGUAAAACCAUAGAAUGGCUUUUGUCCAAGUCAAAAAGAGCAAUCAAGGAGCUCAAAGCUUCAAGCUGUAGUGAAGAAGGAAAUAAGAGUGAAGUGGUGCAGGAGGAGAAGGUAUUGGCAAAGGGCAAAAACGUCAUUUUCGAGAAAAAGGAGUCAAGGGAGAAGGCAAGGGCUAGGGCAAGGGAAAGGACAAAGGAGAAGAUGAUAAUGAUGAGCCAAACACAGGUUAUGUAUGAAUAUUCAAACCCUAUCACUCCUUUUUUUGAUCAAGAAUCGAAUUCUACUCAAGAAAAUGUUGAUGGCAUAUUAUUGGAGGAAUACUUGGGUGUAGCAAGCUCCACGAUAACAUCAGUGUUUAAGUAUAAUGAUGAUGAUGAUCAUAAUAUCAUCAUCAACAAUAAUGACUCAAUUUUUAGCAGCAACUUUAUGGGGUUUCUUGGGGAUUGGGAUUUGGGAGUUGACUGCACUUUCAGGUAACCCUAAUUUAUUUGGGUGCUUAAAGUCUUUAUUUCCAGCCUGUGAACCAAGAAAAUACAUUUCUCCUAUAAGCAAUAGGAGACUCUACUGUUAUUUUUUAAUUUGAAUGCCAAUAUUUGAUUAUGAAUUACUCCGUAUAA